AUGAGAUACGACUCUAGAUUCAACAGCUGCACAAUUUGCGGCAUCGCGCUUAGACGCUCAGAGGGUUGGAAGACUGAUGUCGUCGCAUUGUCUGGCCCGCACUGGCCUCAGCUACUCGAGUCGCCUUCAUCUUUAAGGGUCAACGAUGAUCAAGUUUCUCGCCACGCCACGAAACCAGACUACCAACAUCCUUCCCUUAUUUUACUUCCCCAGGAGCAGAAGAUCUAUCCUCAUGCUACCUACGAAUUGAAUAAGAAGUCUGAUAAACCUUCAGAAUGGGAGGGAAUCAUGUUUGUUGGGCUACAUGCGGCUUGCGAAGAUCUUGCCAAUCGGGUCAUGAAGAAAUCUUAUAAGGCCAGGUUAAGGUCUGUUGGGGACCUAUGGCUGACCCUCGAGCGCCGUUGUGCUAGUCAUAUGUACUGGAACCGUAUUUCUAACAGCCACUUCACCCCUAAAGUACCCGAAAACAAACCCGGCCUACCGUUUUCAGUUGGUCUUGGACGAUAUUUUGUUCUGUCUCGAAGUAUUCAACUAUAUGGAUACUACGAGGAUAGUUGGUGGAAUGAGGACCCCGUCAGCAUUCCGAACCUGACCACCCUACUGAUCGCAAACCUGAAGCCCGAAAAAGACGUUUCUGGCAAAUUGCCUAAAACCCUCACUGGGUUUCAGAAACGCCUUGAGUAUCUCCCGCGAGAAUUGAAGGACCUCAUUUACUCGUUCCUCCAUAAUGAUCAUCUCCCCUUGGAUUGUACCUAUAUCAUGCCUCAAUCUAUGUGGAAGCAGGUAUUCUUUCAAGUCCCCUUCCUUUGGGACCUUGAUGAGAAAGAGAUUGAAAAUAAGACUGGUGCAGGAGAUUUGAAUGGUCAAAACUGGGAUUGGGAGAAGAUUACAAGACAGGUCGUGACCCCACCAGCAAUCCCACGACAAGACAGCAUUGGCGGUGGUGGUGGUGCCUGGAGUUUUCACAAGGUUGGCCUCAGUGUCCCCGGUGGCUUCACUAAUCGGCGUCGAAUCUGGCAGAUACUUGAAGAAAUGUAUCCCAACGACGUACGUCACUAG